AUGUCCUUCGACACGAUCCCCAUCCUCGACCUCUCCCUCUCCAAAGACCCCUCCACAAAACCCGAAUUCCUAAAUCAACUCCGACACGCUUUAAUCGAAGUCGGAUUCCUGUAUCUCAAGAAUGUUGGGAUAGCAGAGGAACUCACGCAGGCUGUGAUACGGGAAGGCGUUGCGUUUUUCGAUUUGCCUAUGGAAGAGAAACUCGCAAUCGAAAUGAAAAACGCCCCCUCAUUCCUAGGCUACUCCCGUCUCGACGCCGAAAUCACAGCCCACACAACCGACCACCGCGAACAAAUCGACCUCUCGACCGACCACCCCAUCCCCUCUCCCUCCGACCCCCCGUAUAAAAACCUCUUUGCGCCAACGCAAUGGCCGUCGCCGGCUUACAUGCCGCAUUUCAAAGCCACAUAUUCAGAAUAUAUAAACCAAAUGGGCGUCAUAGCAGCCUACUUCACAACUCUCAUCGCCGAAGCAAUCGGUCUCCCACCCACCGCCUUCGAAAAAUACUGCGGCGGCGAACAAAGCCAUAAAUUGAAGAUUGUAAAAUACCCCGACCUCGCGGAGCUUGGACUUGACGGCGAAGGCCAGGGCGUAGGUCCGCAUAAGGAUAGCAUGUUCACAUCCUACCUCCUCCAAGUAACCAACCAUAAGGGAUUACAAGUACAAAACCUCAGCGGGCAAUGGAUAGACUGUCCGCCUAUACCAGGCACGCUCGUCGUCGCCAUCGGACAGGGUAUGGAAGCGCUCACGCAGGGCGUUUGUAUGUCGACCACGCACCGCGUGCUUUCCCCGCCUCGUGGCCAGGGCGCAAGGUUCUCGGUCCCGUUUUUUCAGGGCGUGAGUUUGGAUGCGGAGUUUGAGGAGCUGAAUCGGGAGGGGAUAGGUAGGGUGCCGGAGGAAAUCAGGGAGUUGAGGAGGGAGGUGGUGAGAAGGAAUGGGGGGAGACUGGAUGAUGUGGAGUUUACGUUUGGGGAGGGGGUGGGAAGUCAUCCGGAUGUGGGGGAGAGGUGGUAUCCGGAGAUUUUGAGGGAAAUUAGGAGGAAGCAGGAGGAGGAGAGGGGUGGAGAGGUGGAAAAAGACCAGGGUGGGAAGGUAGGAGGAGAGGGGAAUGGGGUUGUUAAGGGGUUGGGGAAGGCGGUGGAAGCGCAUUAA